CUGUGCAGAUCCCACUCGGGGCCGCCCGACCAGCAGCAGAAGCGUCUCGUUGCCCGUCAUCAUGUGCAUGAUCCUGGGAGCCCUUGUCUGCCUGCUGCUGGCCCUCCUGGCCUGGAGAGUGCUCAGCGCCAGGGCUGAGCGCAGAGGCUCCCAGACAGCCCUGGAGCCCUUCCCUGAGGCGGUGUACCAGGAGAUCGGUUACAGCCCUGUGUGGGAGGAGCAGGCGAGAUUCAGCCCAUCAGAUGUCCCUGUCCUGCCCAGAGGUGGCCCAGCAGAUGGCUAUGAUGAUGCCAGGGAGGUUUCUGACCCUGGGGAGGACCUUGUGUCUGGGCGCAGAGGCUGGGAAGUGCCCAGGGCAGCAGAGGAGGGAGCAGGGCCCAGGGACGCACCUGGAGAGACAAAGCUGUGCUCCCAGAGCAGUGCCGGGGCCCCUGGAGCUGAGGGAGAUGCCCAGUGCCUGUGCCCAGAGAGCUGGAGCUACGACGAUGCCCAAGAGGUGUCCCUGGCACAUCCCCCUGAGGACAGCGAGGCCGUGACACUGCAGCUCAGGGCACAAGGGUGGCCCAUCCCCGGGCCAGGAGAGCCCGUCACUGCCGCGGGGCUGGGAGCAGCUGGGAGGGAGGAGGGAGCUGUGCGGCUGGGAGAGCCCUGAGCUCCAGGGAGCCCUCGGCCCUUGCCAGCCAUUUCCUCUGCCUUCAGUGUCCUGUGUUCAGGCUGUG